AUGGAAAUUACUUCAGCAAGAGGUAGGGCACUCGCAGCGCAGAAACCCGCCUUCCUGGACGUCUUGGGGGAUCUGUGGGAUGCGCAGUCCAAUCCCGAAGGUAUAGUCAAUCUGGGUUUGGCCGAGAAUACUCUCAUGCAUGCAGAGAUGAUGGAAUUUGUCAACAGCAAUGCCCAAUUUGACGCGCAUGUAUUAACCUACGGGGACGGGUUCACCCCCCAAACUGCAUUGUAUCCGUGCGACAUUGCCGUCACGUCGGGUGUCAGCAACGCACUCGAGUGUUGUGCUUGGGCUUUAGCCGAUCCUGGUGACUACAUCCUCGUCGGACGCCCCUACUUCAACGCUUUCAAGACUAUAUUUGGAUCACGACCGCAGAUCGGACUACUUGAAGUCGCCUUCGGCACAACCGACCCAUUCAGCAUCACCGCUAUCAACGAAUAUGAGCGGACUUAUGCAGAGGCGGAGAGGAAAGGCCUCCAAAUCGCUACGGAGGCCUCUGCACGACGCAACGGAGCAUACGACCUGCCUGAGAGGCGUUGUCGGUGGGCUACCUACAAGGAUCUCUAG